UUCCCUUUUAUUUUGAUCUAUCAAAAAUAAAAUUGCUAACUUGUAUAUAACAUUCUCAGCUGACUUGGAGUUAAAGUGCGUCGUAGUAGUUUAUAAGUUCUUUACGCGAGAACGAAAUGAGCCUGACAUCGAAAUCAUUCAAAGAAAAACGAUCAUUUGCACAACGAGUAGCUGAUGUGGAACUGAUUCGAGAACGUCAUCCAAAUAAAAUUCCUAUUAUUGUUGAGAGAUAUUAUGGAGAAAAACAACUACCAUUAUUAGAUAAAUCGAAAUUUUUAGUGCCUGAUCAUCUAACAGUUGCUGAACUCAUCAAAAUUAUCAGACGUAGAUUGCAGCUUCAUCCCACUCAGGCUUUUUUUGUGCUCGUAAAUCAAAGAAGUAUGGCAAGUGGAAGCAUGACAAUGGCUCAAUUAUAUCAGAGAGAAAAAGAUGCUGAUGGAUUUUUAUACAUGGUUUUUGCAAGUCAAGAAGUCUUUGGAUGUUAGCUUGGAAUAAAAUUAAGUUGUUUUAGCUAAAUAUGACAAUUUUUCGUGAUAUUUUUAAUAAAGCACUGCAAACGAAUGAAAAAAAUUUGUGAAAAUGUUUAAAAAAAUCACACAUUUAACACUUGAUCGUGUAAAAAAUAAUUUAUUCGGGUGUUUUCAACUAUUAAUUAUAUAUUUGGAGAAUCGAGCAAAGUAAGGAAACAGGAAAAUAUACAAGGAGUGUAUGACAAUUAAUUAAAACAGGUAGUGAUCAUGAGUAAUAUUGAUGAUAUUGACCUUUGAAGAAUCACGUUUACAUUACUGUAUUUUAAAUGUUAAGAAAGUAGACAUUAGAGUAGUGAAAAAUAAUUCACAUAAAACAAUAAUAAAUCAUUGUCAGUAGACACAAAAUAUUAUAAUGUCAAAUGCUAAAGUGUAAGGUGAGUCAAUAUGUUUGUUGUUAAUAUGAUAAUAAUAUUAUUAAUUAACAAGAUAUAGUAAUUCUUCACGAAUAAUUAAUAAUUGUUUCAAGUUACAUCACCUAAAGUUAUAAUAUCUAUCAUAAAUGUCAUUUAAAUUGACCAAUUAUGAAAAAAAAUUAUUACUGUAUAAUUUACUGAUAAUAUAAAUUUGAAAUAAUUAUAUUCAUAAAAGGAAUUAAGAUGAAAAUCGUCCAGUGUAGAAAUAAUUUUAAUUUAUUAGUUUCACAUGUAUUUAUAAAACAAAAAACUAACUGUCUGAGCGAAAUUAAUAAUGACAUACAGUCGUAAAGCUCUGAUUAAUUAUUUUCUGCCAAACUUUUCGAUACCUGACAAUUUACAUAUAGUUGUGUACAUUUUUUACUUAAUAUUCGAGUAAACUAUGUGGAAGCAAGAUUUAUAUGUAGGGCAUACAUUUUAAAUGUAUAAUAUACAUAUAUAAAUAUAUAUUCUUUAAUCUA